AUGCCCCCACAGUUGAAAGCUGAGAUGAACGUCAUGCCCAAGGUUGUCCAGGGGGAUUUGGAGAGUCUGUCUCCAGAAGCGAGGGAUUUCAUUGAAACCAAUGCCAAGCUGUGCCAGCCUGAGUGCAUUCACAUCUGUGAUGGCUCAGAAGAAGAGAACAAGAAACUUCUGGACAUCAUGGUAGAACAAGGCAUGAUCAAGAAGCUGAACAAGUAUGAGAACUGCUGGUUGGCUCUCACUGAUCCAAGAGAUGUGGCAAGAAUUGAGAGCAAAACUGUCAUCAUCACUCAAGAGCAGAGAGAUACCACUCCAAUGCCUAAAACUGGAACAAGCCAGCUGGGGCGCUGGAUGUCAGAGGAAGAUUUUGAGAAAGCCUUCAACACCAGGUUCCCAGGCUGCAUGCAAGGACGCACAAUGUAUGUCAUCCCCUUCAGCAUGGGGCCUAUUGGGUCACCUUUGUCCAAGAUUGGGAUCGAGCUGACAGAUUCACCCUAUGUAGUGGCCAGCAUGAGGAUCAUGACACGGAUGGGAACAGAUGUUUUGAAAGCCCUGGGUAAUGGGGAGUUUGUAAAAUGCCUUCACUCAGUUGGAUGCCCUCUGCCACUAAAAGAGCCAUUAAUCAACAACUGGCCGUGCAACCCGGAGCUGACGCUGAUUGCUCAUCUCCCGGAUCGCAGGGAGAUCAUUUCGUUUGGCAGCGGCUACGGAGGAAACUCCUUGCUGGGGAAGAAAUGCUUUGCUCUCCGGAUUGCCAGCAGACUGGCCAAAGAGGAGGGCUGGCUCGCAGAGCACAUGCUGAUCCUGGGAAUUACCAAUCCAGAAGGUAAAAAGAAGUACUUUGCUGCAGCAUUCCCUAGUGCAUGUGGAAAAACUAACUUGGCCAUGAUGAACCCAAGCCUGCCAGGAUGGAAAAUUGAGUGUGUGGGUGAUGAUAUUGCCUGGAUGAAAUUUGAUGAACAAGGCAACUUAAGGGCAAUCAAUCCUGAAAAUGGCUUUUUUGGUGUCGCCCCUGGAACCUCAGUCAAAACAAACCCAAAUGCUAUUAAAACCAUAUUCAAGAACACCAUCUUUACCAAUGUGGCAGAAACCAGUGAUGGAGGUGUUUACUGGGAAGGGAUUGAUGAGCCCCUGCCAGCUGGAGUAACAGUGACCUCCUGGAAGAACAAAGAUUGGACCCCAGACAACGGAGAACCUUGUGCUCACCCCAACUCCAGGUUCUGCUCCCCAGCCAGGCAGUGCCCCAUCAUGGAUCCUGCUUGGGAAUCACCUGAAGGCGUUCCCAUCGAAGGGAUCAUUUUUGGAGGCCGCAGACCAGCUGGUGUCCCUCUUGUGUAUGAGGCCUUUAACUGGAAGCACGGAGUAUUUGUAGGAGCAGCCAUGAGAUCUGAAGCAACAGCAGCUGCUGAGCACAAAGGCAAAAUCAUUAUGCACGAUCCAUUUGCCAUGAGACCUUUCUUUGGCUACAACUUUGGCAAAUACUUGGCCCACUGGCUGAGCAUGGCCCAACGUCCAGCUGCAAAACUACCCAGGAUCUUUCAUGUUAACUGGUUCCGGAAAGACAGCCAAGGGAAAUUCCUGUGGCCUGGCUUUGGAGAGAAUUCCCGUGUGCUGGAGUGGAUGUUCAACAGAAUUGAAGGGAAAGCCUCUGCCAAACCAACUGCCAUAGGUUACAUCCCUACGGAUGCUGCUUUGAACUUGAAGGGGUUAGAAGACAUCAACCUGACCGAACUGUUUGAGAUCUCAAAAGAGUUCUGGGAAAAGGAGGUAGAAGAAAUCAAACAAUACUUUGAAGUGCAAGUUAAUGCAGACCUUCCCUAUGAAAUAGAAAGGGAAUUGCUUGCCUUAGAGAUGAGGAUAAAACAGCUGUAA